CACAGCCGCUCCCGCCAUCGUCGCCCGUUAGUUCUGAAACAUUAUCUGGUCCCUUCCUCCCACUCCCUCUUGUUUUCAUCAUCUUUUCGAUUUUUACAUUAUCUCUGUCCUUCAGAUGACUAGUAACAUGAGCACAAGGAAAUGCGGGUUAAUUACAAUAAUAAUUUGCUAAGGCGGAAUAAUGCACCGUUUCGAUUUUAGAAUCCGAUGCUAUCUUAGCUUUCAUCAUCAUCAUCGCCACAUUUCUGCUUCGUCGUCUUCUUUUUCCAAAAGAUCCAGCAAACCAUCUGACAAUGCUGCAAAUCUCCCAAUUGUCUCCCCGCCAGUUUCACGCGACCAUGUCCCUGCCGCUCUCUCUCCUCCUCCAACUUCAUCAUUCUCCCGCGGUUCCGUGAUUGCUAUUUCUACUACUUUGGUUUCCUCUUUACUUGCCUCCAUCGCCUAUCUUUCUUCUGAUUACCAUAAUCAACGGAAAUCCGACGAUAAACCCUCCAGUCCUCUCCUUGCUGGUGUGGAACGCGCCGUGCACAAGUCCAGUGACUCUUUCAACCAGAUUUUCCGUCACAUCAAACGCACGAGCGUGGCUGCUUCCGUCCUCUGGCAGUCAUUGACCUCAGUGUUGUCUUCCGCCAAUCAUGAGGUUCGUUCUGGUUUCGAGAUUCGUGUCGCCGCAUUGCUUGCUGACAUUGCCGCCGCAAAUUCUAGUCGCAGGGCUGCGAUCGUCGGAGCUGGUGGCGGCGCCGUGGUGGACUGGUUGCUGGAAUCGGUGGCCGUUGCCAAGGAUGGCGGUGGCACUCAGGCAGAAUCGGCGAGAGCGCUUGCUUACUUGAUUGCCGAUCCCAAUGUAUCUGCUAUUGUACUUGGGCGGCCUCACGCCAUUCCAAAUCUUUUAAAGUUUAUUUUUUCUUGUCAUCCUCGGCGAUUGAAGAAGCAGCUUUCAAGGCGGAGUUCUUUUGAUAUGUCUGAUUCUUUAAAAGGGAGGAGCAUGCUUGUGACUGCCAUUAUGGAUAUCGUUACUUCCAGUUGUGACAAUGUAGAAGAGAUAUCUUUUAAGCCUCCUUUGCCAGGAAAUGCCGAUACCAGAGAUAUUCUAGCUGCCUUACAGGUAGUUGAGGAAGGUUGUUUGCACUUGGAUGAGCCAAGCGGAAGUGAAGGUGAUGAAGAUGGCGGAAUAGGGAGGAGAGUUGUUGGAAUAAAAAUACACGAAGGUACUACAGUUUUAGGGCUUUCAAGAACCAGCUGGCUAACAGAGCUGGAUAGCUCUGAUUAUAGUCAGCCAGAGCCAGUAAAGAAUCAUGCUCCUGAAACUCUUGUGUUACAAAAUAAGAAUGAUGAUUUUCUUGGACAUGCAAAAAUGCCCUCUUCCGUUGUCCCUGGUCUCUGGGAUGAUUUGCAAUGGGAACAUGUUGCUGUUCCUUUUGCCACGUGGGCAUUGGCAAAUUGGGCAAUGGCAUCACAGGCAAAUAGAUCUCAUAUUCAAGAACUGGAUAAAGAUGGAUAUGCUAUCAUGUCCGCUUUAAUGGUCCCUGAGAGAUCUGUGAGAUGGCAUGCAAGUUUGGUGGCACAAUCACUAUUGGAGGAUCGCAAAAUGCCUUUGAAUGAUUUUGUUUCUGAUUUGAGUUCCAGGCUUCUUUCUACUAUAUCCGAGGCAUGUGAGCAUGAAGACAUUUCACUGGCUCAGGUUUCUUUGUCUGCCUUUCUGUUAUCUGUUGAGAGGAGUCGUGGGGCCAGGAAUAUAGUGAUGGAAAAAGGUCUUAACACACUGAGAGGAAUUGCCAAGCAGACAACAAAGCACACAAAGGUGCAAGAAGCAAUAGCAAAGGCAUUAGAACUUCUCUGCACAGAAGAACUGCAUUUUUCCCUUCAAGAGGGUCAAAAGUGGUCAGGAAUUCUUCUUCCAUGGGUUUUUGGAAAAUUUUCUUCUGAUGCAAUGCGAUCUUCAGCUAUAAAGAUUCUCUCUGGGAUCCUUGAAGAUUAUGGACCAUUGACUGUACCAGUUUCUCAAGGAUGGUUAGCAUUGUUGCUAACUGAAGUCCAAAGUUCUAUCAAGAAAUCACAUAAUAAAGGCACUAGUCCGAAAAGUGAUAAUGUCAAGACUUUGAUCUAUAACUCAAAUGCUGCUUCUGCUGCACAAGUAGCAAAUCAGUUAGCUAGUGCCGUUGUUAAUCUAGUGGCUAAACAAAUGGAACCAGCUGCUUCUGAUUCUUUGGAAACAUUCCCACUGGCAGAUUUUCUUUCUUUGGAUCCAUUCUUGGGACUAUUUAAAAAAUUAAAUAAAGAUAGUCUGCCAAAAUUAGAUGCUGCAAAUUCUGCCUUGGCGACCCUAAAAGGAAUUAAAGCUUUAACUGAGGUGUGUGCUGAAGACUUUCAACAUCAAGACAUGAUUGUUGAUUUGGGUAUUUUGUGUUUGCUAAGGCGCUUUUUAUUAAGCGAUGAUUAUGAGAAGCUAGCUGCUAAUGAAGCAUAUAAUGCAUCUAGAGCUCAUGAGGGGCAUGAGCGGAAUUUAAAUAAUACUGAUGAACCAUCUAUAUCAGAUAUAAAUGACUCAUCUAGUGUUCGGGUUCCACCUACAGCUCGUAUCCGCAGGCAUGCAGCUCGGCUGUUGACCAUCCUCUCAAACCUUCCCAAAGUCCAGAAGAUCAUAAUAGCUGAUGGAAUUUGGUGUAAAUGGCUUGAUGAUUGUGCUAAUCGUAGGCUUCCUGGUUGUCAGGACCUCAAGAUGCAAAGUUAUGCCAGGGCAGCACUCCUAAAUGUAUUUUGCAAUUACCAGCAUGAUGAGAAAACUGGAAGUAGAACCUCAUCUGACACUGGUUUACUAACUAAUAAGAACUCUUGCCCCCGUUUUGGUGACAUGAUAUUCUUAAUAAAUCCUCAUCUUUCUGUCUGGGAAUGCCCCAGAGAAAUAGAUCAAGAAUACACAGUCUCAAAGGAGAUAUCUGUGGCUACUUCUGAUAAUGAGGAUGGAACCAAACAACCAAAUGAUGGUAGCUUCACUAAUCCUACUAAUUCAUCCAAAAGCAGCGCAGCUACAAAGUUGCCUUCAAUAGAUGUUAUUUUUGUCCAUGGCCUUCGUGGUGGGCCUUUCAAAAGUUGGCGCAUAGCUGAGGACAAAUCCUCAACACAGUCUACCUUGGUGGAGAAGAUUGAUCAGGAGGCAGGAAAGCUUGGAACCUUCUGGCCUGGUGAAUGGCUUUCCAAUGAUUUUCCUCGAGCUCGCAUGUUUACCCUAAAGUACAAGACUAAUCUCACACAGUGGUCUGGAGCUAGCCUCCCACUUCAGGAAGUAAGCUCUAUGCUGUUGGAGAAGCUUCUUGCCGCAGGAAUUGGGAAUCGGCCUAUUGUUUUCGUGACUCACAGUAUGGGGGGCCUGGUUGUGAAGCAGAUUCUUUAUAAAGCGAAGGAAGAAGGUUUUGAUAACCUUGUAAAAAAUACUAUAGGGAUAGUCUUUUAUAGCUGCCCACAUUUUGGUAGCAAACUUGCAGAUAUGCCUUGGAGGAUGGGCCUUGUGCUUCGCCCUGCUCCAACGAUAGGGGAGCUGAGAAGUGGAUCUUCAAAAUUAAUAGAGCUAAAUGAUUAUAUUCGUUACCUUCAUAAAAAGGGGAUGCUUGAUGUUCUCAGCUUUUGUGAGACCACAGUAACUCCAAUAGUUGAAGGUUAUGGUGGUUGGGCCUUAAGAAUGGAAAUUGUAUCAAUAGAAUCUGCAUAUCCUGGAUUUGGCGAACUUGUAGUAUUGGAGUCUACUGAUCAUAUAAAUUCUUGCAAACCAUUGAGCCGCUCAGACCCUUCUUAUAGGGAGACAUUAGAGUUCAUACGGAAAUUAACGGCUUAUAGUUGAGGCCAUUCUGCUGGAUUGAGACAAUAAUGU